AUGCACACAUGGGCACAGCUGCCGAAAAACGUCGCUAUUUGCGAUAUUGAGGCAUGCAAUUUAGGUCGCUCAAUAACCCAUUUGAACGUAUUUCAAAUUGCCAUUGCAAAUGCGAAUGGACAAUGGAUCAUUCCACCAACAAUCAUUAAUCAUGAAAUCACAAAAAGGGAACUAUUCGAGGCAAAUGCAGGAACACUUGUGAAUAAUCUUGUGUUCAGCAAAUUCUACGGCGACGCUGACGAAACAGAAGCUCGAGGCAACGGAAAACGAACGGCGACAAGGAAGGAACUUGGGCAGGAGCUUGAAUCUUACAUCACGAAUGAAGGACCUAUUGUCGAAUGGUUCGAAUGGUCAUCAUACAACAUCGAUUGGCUAGGAGUAUAUGCAGGAUUAGUGUCUGUCGGCUUUGAACACUUACUUCCACUUAUGCCAACGACGGAACGCCGUCCUCUCCUUUGGUUUCGAAGGAUAAGGGCGGCUCUGAAGCUUGAGAAUCUGGGCUUGAGUCUGGGGAACUUGUUCGCGAUUCUGUAUGCCGAAGACGAUGAGCUGCUCGCGCAAGCUCAUUACGCCGGUCCAGACGUCGAGAUGCUAAUCAAAGUUAUCAAAUAUCUUUUCGCCAACUUAGAAGGCUCUCAAAUUCCUGGGAAGAUUGAAAAUUAUUUCCAUGUCAUUGACAUUGACCUUAGUGAGAUCAACGGCCUAAACGAUGACCGAGCGGAAGAGGCCCAGAGGGACCCGACACGGAAGAGGGAGUCGAGGUUAGUGAGAUGA